AUGCGUUGUGCAGUUUUUGGAUGUGGAUCUGACAACCAAUCUAAGAAAAAUCCUUGCCCAGAAGUGAAAUUCUUCACUUUUCCCAAGAACAGUGAAUUGUGUAAGAAGUGGAUCCAUUUAACGGGUAGGAAAGACAAAUUUAUAGUGAAAAAUUCAGUUUUGUGUUCUAAAGAUUUCGUGGAAAGUGACUAUAAAGUUAAUUUACAGCAUAAACUAUUAAAUUAUACGCCAAAGCGUUAUCGUGGAUUAAAAGAUGAUGCUAUUCCAAGUCAACAUUUACCGCAUUCACAAAAAGAAAAAGCUUCUAUAGAUCGAAGUGAAAGAAUCACCAAGAAAAUUCACAAAGCAUUGGUUAGCGAGUUAUUACAAAGGGAAACCGGUGCAAGUAGCAGUAGUGAUUUAGAUGCUGGUGAUAGGUUGUUGGCCGAAGAACUUGGUGCUGUAAAUACAAGCUUGUCUAAUGUGUUUGUUGAUCAACCAGGUUUUGGUGUGCAUGAAAUUAGUAAGAGUGUACAAACGGAUUUAAGCGGUAUGAAUAUUGAUGAUCUUCAAAGCAAACUGGAUAACCAAACUAGAGAAAUGAAAAUGACUUUAUCUGCAAUCGAAAAAUUAUACACAAAAAAUCAUAUUGCUAAGUUAAAAAGCCAAAAACGAAUACGCUGGACUGUCUCAGAUGUAUCCAACGCUAUUGAUCUGUAUGCCGCAGGUCCUCGAGCAUAUAGACUUUUGUUAAAAAAAGGUCCUUAUCCGGCCGUCUCUACCUUAAGAUGUUGGUUAAAAAAAAUCCGUAUUCAACCAGGCAAUUUGCGAAAUAUUUUUAAAUUUGUAGAAUCUUCCGACUUUAAUAAAAAGGACCGAGUGUGCACAUUAUAA